AUUGCCCAUCCUGUUUCUUGCAACUUUCUCCGCAAGGCAACUUCAAGAUGUAUCUCAUCCCCAGAGACACAGCUGCACUCGCAGAAUUCGCCAAGAGGCAGAUAUAUUACGGAUCCCGCUGCAAUUACUACGGCAACUGCCGCUCCUCCUGGUACCGCUGGGGACGAUGGGUGCUGGCCGGGAUCCUGAUCUUCAUUGGACUUAUCAUCCUUGCCUUUAUUUUAUUUUGUGGCUCCCGUCGUCGUCGCAGAAAUAGACACGCAGUGCCCAUGACAAGCCAAGCUCCCCUAGGAGGAUUUAAUUCGGGAUAUGGAAAUGAACAACAGUACGGUGCUCCUCUCGGUCCACCGCCGCAGUAUGGUAGCAAUACGGGUGCAGAUUAUGAUGGGUAUUAUGGACAGCAGAGUGGAGUGGCGCAGCCACAGAAUGCAUACAAGCCAUAAGGAGUAUCGGCGUAUGGAAAUUGGGGACAGGAACAGGAUGGAAGGGGAAAUGGAUGGGAUGUAUAUAUGGGCUUGGGUAAUGGGAGACCACAGAAAUUCAGAUAUGGAAUAAUGUGUAAGAUGCAAUGCUAUGUACUUUUUAACUCCUAAGAUAAUGAUGUAUGAAAGUAUGAAAGUAUGAAAGUAUUAAACAUUCUCAUGAGACAGUUUUAGCUGUAAUACUGCUCAAGAUUAUAAAAACG